GCCGCAGCCAUGGCCAUCCGAUACCCCAUGGCCGUGGGCCUUAACAAGGGCCACAAAGUUACCAAAAACGUUUCGAAGCCACGACACUGCUGCCGCUGUGGGCGCUUGACCAAACACACCAAGUUUGUGAGAGAUAUGAUCCGGGAAGUGUGUGGAUUUGCCCCUUAUGAGAGGCGUGCCAUGGAAUUGUUAAAGGUCUCUAAGGAUAAGAGAGCCCUUAAGUUCAUCAAAAAAAGGGUGGGAACUCACAUCCGGGCCAAGAGGAAGAGAGAGGAGCUCAGCAAUGUCCUAGCUGCCAUGAGGAAGGCUGCUGACAAGAAGGACUAAACUGGACCCUGCCAAUCUUUCCCACUUACCCAAUAAAGAUUUGACAA